CAUAUUCCAUUCAAUAUCUUUCUUCCACCCUCCCAUCUAUAUACUCCCUCCAUUUCAUAAUUCUCGCUACAUUUUUCAUUGUAAGAAAACACUUCCUCUUUGGGCAGUCCCUUUUCUUUUUACUCUCUACCUCUUUCUUCUCCAAAAAUUGUCUAGAAGUCUGUGAAUUAAGAAGUGUAGCGAGUAAUAAGAGACAGAAAAAGUAAUAAAGUUGUACUACUACUAGUGUAACAACAUAUAGAUAUAGUGCAACCACAUUUUAUCAUCAUCAAUUUAAAAGGGUUGGCAGUUGGACUCUUAGGAACUAAGAUCAUAUCAUAUGAUAAAAAUCUUCUUAUAUAAGUAUAUAGUCACUAGUUUUUAUUAGCUACGUAGUACGUACGUAUAGAAAGUAACAUGGAGAUUGAAUCAGCUACACAUGAACCUGGUCCACACAAAAAUUACAAAAAUGCCAUUUACGACGACGAUGUCGAAUCAGAAGCUAGUGGUGGUAGUAGUAGUGGUGUAGCAGUGGCGUAUCUAGUGUGGGAAGAUCUAACAGUGGUGUUACCAAGUUUUGGAAAUAAACCUACAAAGAGAAUACUUCAAGGGAUUAAUGGAUAUGCUGAACCUGGUAGAAUUAUGGCUAUUAUGGGUCCUUCUGGUUCUGGCAAAUCUACUCUUCUUGAUUCUUUGGCAGGCAGACUCUCAGCAAAUGUUGUCAUGACUGGAAAUGUUCUACUGAAUGGCAAGAAGAAGGGACUACAAUAUGGGGGUGUGGCAUAUGUGACACAAGAGAAUGUACUUCUGGGAACUCUGACAGUAAGAGAGACAAUAACUUACUCGGCAUAUUUGAGGCUUCCACCAAGCUUGACCAAAGAAGAGAUCGAAGGGAUCAUAGAAGGGGCCAUAAUGCAAAUGGGUCUUCAAGACUGUGCUGAUCAAAUAAUUGGCAACUGGCAUUUGAGAGGCAUAAGUGGCGGAGAGCAGAAGAGAUUAAGCAUUGCCCUUGAAAUACUCACAUGCCCCCGUCUCUUGUUUCUUGACGAGCCAACCACUGGACUUGACAGUGCUUCAGCUUUUUUUGUAGUUCAGGCUCUUGUGAGCGUAGCACGAGAUGGGGGAAGAACAGUCAUUUCUUCAAUUCACCAGCCUAGCAGUGAAGUUUUCACCUUGUUUGAUGAUCUUUGCCUGCUAUCUUCUGGUGAAUUGGUCUUUUUUGGAGAUGCUAAAAAGGCUAUUCUGUUCUUUGCACAAGCUGGAUUCCCAUGUCCAAGCAAAAGAAAUCCAUCAGACCAUUUUCUACGCUGUAUCAACUCAGACUUUGAUAAGGUCACAGCUACACUGAAAGGAUCUUACCGAGCUCGACAAAUUCAAACAGUAUCAGACCCUAUGAUGGAAAUGGAAAUAUCACAAAUAAAAGCUACGCUUAUCGACAAGUUCCGACGGUCAGAGUAUGCAGAGCGUGUAAGAGUGAGGAUCCAAGAGAUAACUUCCAUUGCAGGACUCCCAACAGAAGCACAGAAAGGUAGCCAAGCAAGCUGGUGGAAGCAACUAACGACACUGACUAAGAGAUCUUUUGUGAAUAUGUCCAGGGAUAUCGGAUACUAUUGGCUGCGUGUAGUUAUCUACAUAGCAGUAUCUAUAUGUGUAGGUACCAUUUAUUAUGAUGUUGGCACUGGAUAUAGUGCAAUCUUGGCUAGAGGAGCUUGUGGUGGAUUUGUAUCCGGUUUCAUGACUUUUAUGUCUAUUGGAGGUUUCCCAUCCUUCAUUGAAGAAAUGAAGGUCUUUUAUAAAGAGAGGCUCAGUGGGUACUACGGAGUUGUAGUCUAUAUUCUAUCAAACUUCCUCUCCUCGUUCCCAUACUUGGCAGCAAUAGGAUGGAUUUCAGGGACUAUAACUUGGUACAUGGUCAAAUUCCGUCCAGAAUUCGAUCACUACAUAUAUUACAGCGUCAUGCUUUAUGGCAGCAUUACAGUAGUUGAGAGCUGUAUGAUGGUCAUAGCUUCAGUAGUUCCCAACUUUUUAAUGGGACUUGUCACAGGGGCUGGAGUUAUUGGAAUAAUGUUGAUGACCUCGGGCUUUUUCCGUCAGCUACCUGAUCUUCCUAAGGUGUUUUGGCGCUAUCCUGUUUCAUAUCUAAGCUUUGGAUCAUGGGGAAUACAGGGUAAUUACAAGAAUGAUCUCAUAGGUCUCACAUUCGAUCCACUUAUACCCGGUGAUCCCAAAUUGACGGGGGAAUAUAUUGUCCAAAACAUGCUAGGGGUACCACUGACUCAUUCCAAGUGGUGGGACAUGGCAGCAAUUUUCAUACUCAUCUUCGGUUACAGGGUCCUAUUUCUUGUUGUUUUCAAGAUCAGAGAAAGAGCAUCACCACUUUUUCAGACAAUUUACAGAAAGAAAACCUUGAACCACCUUAAGAAGAGACCCUCUUUCAGAGGCACUGCUUUUCCUUCCAGGAGGCACCAACCUCAAUAUCCAUUGUCCUAUCAAGAAGGUCUAAGCUCUCCAAUCCCCUAGUCAAAGCUGUAUGUACAAAUUUCAAAGUGCGUUUACAGCGUUAACUACGUAAGCUUGUUGUGCAUAAGAGAGUUCUACCAUUUGUGCAUUGGAUACAACUAUCGUGUUAUCAGAAGAGAAGGACAAAUUAUCUUGACAUGCACGACAAAUGCAAUUACAAAGUUUUUCUGUAACAUUAAUGCAACUAUAUACAGAAUACAUGGUAAAAUUUAAAAGACACUAAACAAUGCAAAAAGAAAGAUUAUUUAUUCUUGUAUCAAUCACAAACAAUUGUAGUAGUUUAUUACUAAAGAUAAGAUAAUAUGAUUCAAAUAA